AGAGAGAGAGAGAGAGACUGGCUUUUUUCCUUUCUGCUCUUUCCCUAUUCCCUCUCUCUUCAGGCAAGCGGAGCAGAGCAGGACUAAGUAAGAGGAGGACAGACGCAUGCCGACCAGAGCACACCAACUCCACAAAGACGAAACAGCACAGGAGUUUGCAAGAAGAAAAGAAAGAAGGAAAACAUCUCCUUUUUACAUGAGCAAACUAUAGUGGAUGUCAAAGCUGCAUCACCAGAACUGUAGGAUUUGUGUAGGAGAUUUUUCUAUUUUUUUUGUUUCUGUUCAUACUUUCCUGUUAAAUAAAAUUAUUUCAGCUGACUUGUAAGGUGUGGCAGGACUUGUGGAAGCUAAAGAAGGGUGAAAAUCAAAAAAUCUGGACAGAAAGAAGUAAAAAAAAGAAGAGGCUUUGAACAUGCCCGUUGGAGGUUUUGAAUCAAGCAUGGGUAGGCUGCCCAGGCAGUGGAUGUGGCUGCUGAUGCUCUCUGCCCUGGCGGUGGGCAAUGCCAGCGCCUGCCCGGCACUUUGUACCUGCAGCGGCACCACAGUGGACUGCCACGGACUGGGUCUCAAAACUAUGCCAAGGACUAUUCCCCGCAACACUGAGAGACUGGAGCUGAACGGAAACAACCUCACACGCAUCACCAAGAGUGACUUUGCUGGCCUGAAGUACCUCAGAGUUCUACAGCUGAUGGAGAAUCAGAUUACAGUGAUCGAGCGAGGGGCUUUUGAUGACAUGAAGGAGCUGGAGAGACUGCGUCUGAACCGCAAUCAACUGCAGCAGCUUCCGGAGUUGCUAUUUCAGAAGAACCCUGGCCUGUCUCGGCUUGAUCUCAGUGAGAACUUCAUCCAAUCUAUCCCCCGAAAAGCAUUCAGAGGAGCUACAGACAUCAAAAACCUGCAGCUGGAUAAAAACCACAUCAGCUGCGUCGAGGAUGGAGCCUUCAGAGCUCUGAGAGGCCUGGAAGUACUUACGCUGAACAACAACAACAUCAGCAGCAUUCCUGUCUCCAGCUUCAACCACAUGCCCAAACUCCGAACUUUCCGACUUCAUUCCAACAACUUAAACUGCGAUUGUCACCUGGCCUGGCUGUCCCAGUGGCUCAGGCAGAGGCCUACGAUUGGCCUGUUCACCCAGUGUGCUUCACCCCCAGAACUCAGAGGACUCAAUGUGGCAGAGGUCCAGAAACAUGAAUUCACGUGCUCAGGUCAUCAGGAAUCUUCCGGCCUGCAGCCGUGCAGCACUGGUGGAGGCUCCUGUCCUGCCAUGUGCACCUGCAGCAACAACAUUGUGGACUGCAGAGGGAAAGGUCUAACUGCUAUUCCAGCCAAUCUGCCUGACAGCAUGUCGGAAAUACGUCUGGAGCAGAACGGGAUUAAGUCUGUUCCUCCUGGAACCUUCUCUCCCUACAAGAAACUGCGCAGGAUAGACCUGAGCAACAACCAGAUCUCAGAGAUAGCUCCUGAUGCCUUCCAGGGCCUGCGCUCUCUUAACUCCCUUGUGCUGUAUGGAAAUAAGAUCACCGACCUGCCGAAGGGUGUGUUUGACGGCCUCUACUCUUUGCAACUGCUGCUGCUGAAUGCCAAUAAGAUUCAUUGCGUUCGUGCCAAUGCCUUCCAGGAUCUGCAAAAUCUCUCCCUGCUAUCGCUGUAUGAUAACAAGAUUCAAACUCUUGCAAAGGGCACCUUCACUUCACUUCGAGCUAUUCAAACCCUUCACCUGGCACAGAACCCAUUUAUUUGUGACUGUAAUCUGAAGUGGCUUGCAGACUACCUCCGCUCCAACCCGAUUGAGACCAGCGGCGCCCGCUGUGCCAGUCCACGCCGCCUCGCAAACAAACGAAUCGGACAAAUUAAGAGCAAGAAGUUCCGCUGCUCCGCCAAAGAGCAAUACGUCAUCCCAGGUACAGAAGACACCCAUUUGAAUAAUGUCUGCAACACUGAUCCUGUGUGUCCACCCAAGUGUCGCUGUGAGUCCAACGUAGUGGACUGCUCCAACCUGAAACUCACCAAGAUCCCUGAGCACAUCCCUGCAUCCACAGCUGAACUCCGCCUUAACAAUAAUGAACUAACAACUCUUGAGGCUACCGGUGUGUUUAAGAACCUUUCCCAACUCAAAAAAAUUAACCUGAGUAACAAUAAGAUCACAGAGAUCGAGGAUGGAGCUUUUGAAGGUGCAUCAUCCGUCUUUGAGCUUCACCUCACAGCCAAUCAAAUUGACUCAGUUCGAAGCGGGAUGUUCCGAGGCCUCGAGGGACUUCGCAUGCUGAUGUUGAGGAACAACAAAAUCAGUUGUGUUCACAACGACAGUUUCACAGGGCUUCACAACGUCCGUUUGCUGUCUCUAUACGACAACCAUCUGACCACCAUUACUCCUGGGGCCUUUGACACGCUGCAGACUCUCUCUACUCUAAACCUCUUGGCCAACUCCUUCAACUGCGACUGUCGGUUGGCGUGGCUUGGUGAUUGGCUGAGGAGCAGAAAGAUUGUGACAGGUAACCCUCGCUGCCAGCGCCCGGCCUUCUUAAAGGAGAUCCCCCUCCAGGAUGUAGCUCUGCCAGAUUUUCGCUGUGAGGAAGGCCAAGAGGAGUCAAGCUGUGUUCCUCGACCCCAGUGUCCCAGCGAAUGUUCUUGCCUAGAGACUGUGGUGCGCUGCAGUAACAAGCAUCUCCACACACUACCCAAAGGCAUCCCCAGGAAUGUGACUGAACUGUAUCUUGAUGGCAACCAGUUCAGUGUUGUUCCUAAGGAGCUGGCUUCCUUCAAAUACCUACAGCUGGUUGACCUGAGCAACAACAAAAUCAACUCUCUGAGCAACUCAUCCUUUGCUAAUAUGAGUCAACUGACCACUCUAAUCCUGAGCUACAACUCUCUGCGCUGUAUACCCAAAAUGGCUUUCAGUGGACUGCACUCACUGCGACUGCUGUCUCUUCAUGGCAAUGAAAUCUCAGAGUUUCCAGAUGGCAUAUUCAACGAUGUGACCUCCCUCUCCCAUUUGGCAAUUGGCGCCAACCCUCUGCACUGUGACUGCCACCUGCGCUGGCUCUCUGACUGGGUGAAGACCGGAUACAAAGAACCCGGGAUUGCUCGGUGUGCCGGCCCACAGGGGAUGGAGAGUAAAUUACUCCUCACCACGCCGGCUAAAAAAUUUGAAUGUACAGGUGAUGUAGACAACACAGUGCUGGCCAAGUGUAAUCCAUGCCUGUCCAAUCCCUGCCUGAAUCAUGGCAUCUGUCACAAUGACCCAAUGGAGAUAUACAGGUGCAACUGUCCUCCUGGAUUCAAGGGCAAGAACUGUGAAACAGCUCUGAACGGCUGUGUGAGUAGCCCAUGUGCCAACGGAGGAACCUGCCAAGUGACUGAUGAGGAUGAGGGAGAGUACCGCUGCUCCUGUCUGCUGGGCUUCGAGGGCCCGACUUGCCAAAUCAAUGUUGACGACUGUGAAGACAACGACUGUGAGAAUGGAGCAACCUGCAUUGACGGAAUCAACAACUACACUUGUUUUUGUCCCCCCUAUUACACAGGGGAGAUGUGUGAAGAAAUGGAAGACGUGUGUGCUCCAGGACGAAGCCCCUGUCAACAUCAGUCUACCUGCCUCAUCAGCACCUCUGGGCCCAAGUGUUUGUGUUCUCCUGGUUAUGUUGGCGAUGACUGCAGUGUAAACUACGAUGACUGCAGAGAGCAUCGCUGUCAGAACGGAGCUCAGUGUGUGGAUGAGUUGAAUGGAUAUUCGUGCAUCUGCCCGAAUGGAUAUAGCGGUCAGUUGUGUGAAGUCCCCCCAUCUCCUCUGUCUUUAUGUGAGCUGGCAGACUGCCAGAACAAUGCCCCCUGUGUGGAGCGAGGUGGCCGCGCUCUUUGCCAGUGUCCUCCAGAGUUUGGAGGUCCACGCUGUGAAAAACUGGUCAGCGUCAACUUUGUUGACAGAGAUUCUUAUUUACUACUCUCUGACCUGAAGAAUUGGCCACAAGCUAACAUCACCCUACAGGUUUCUACAGAUGAGGACAAUGGUAUCCUGCUGUACAAUGGUGACAAUGAUCAUAUUGCAGUGGAGCUCUUCCAAGGCCAUGUAAAAGUGAGCUAUGAUCCCGGUAGCCAGCCAGGACAUGCCAUAUACAGUACCGAGACUAUCAAUGAUGGUCAGUUCCACACAGUGGAGCUGGUGACCUUCGACCAGAUGGUUAACCUGUCCAUUGAUGGGGGUCUCCCUACCACAAUGGACAGCUUUGGGGCAGUGCGGCCCCUCAACGGAGAGGCACCACUAUACGUGGGGGGUAGGGGCCCUCUCCAGAACACACCUCCCUCCUCUGCAGGCAUGCCUGUAGAUGUCCACUCUGGAACUUUCCGUCUCUGGCAGAUCCAGAACGGUUCCAGCUUCCACGGCUGCAUCCAGAACCUGUACAUCAACAACGAGCUCCAGGACUUCACCAAGACUCAAAUGAAGCCUGGCGUGGUGCCGGGCUGUGAGCCCUGCAAGAAGCUCUACUGUGUCCAUGGCAUCUGCCAGCCUGAUGGGUUGCAGGGACCUGUGUGCCAUUGCCAGCCAGGUUGGAGUGGGGCGCAUUGUGAUCAGCCAGCUCUCAACCCCUGCCAGGGCAGCAAAUGCGUCCAUGGAAAGUGCAUUCCUCUGGACCUGCAGUCAUAUCGCUGUGAGUGUGAAGAGGGCUACCGAGGCGCACUGUGCAACCAGCAAGGAGAGCUGUUCAAUCCCUGCCGCCGCCUCACCUGCAAACAUGGUCGCUGCCAGAUCUCUGACAGCGGAGACGCAUACUGUCACUGCGAAAGUGGCUACACAGGAGAACUCUGUGAUGCAGAGUCUGAAUGUCGAGGAGAGCCGGUGCGAGACUUCUACCAGGUGCAGCGAGGCUACGCCAUCUGUCAAACAACUCGCAUGGUGUCCUGGGUGGAGUGCACCGGAGCUUGUGACACGGGGAGCUGCUGCAUCAGCCAGAGGAUGAAACGCCGAAAAUACACCUUUGAGUGCAGCGACGGAACGUCCUUCACCGAGGAGGUGGAAAAGACCAUCAAGUGCGGCUGCGUGGGCUGCAUGUAGCACCGUUCACCCACUCUUCCUGCCGCUGCUGCAGAGCAGAAGAUUGAAAGCAAGGAAAGAAGGAAGGAAGGAAGGAAACUGCUGAAAGGUGGAGGAAAGAAAGCAAGAAUGAAAGAGAUUAUACAGAAUAUAUAUAAAACCUCUAUCUAUAUAUUAUGGACAACAAUGUUUGUAAAAUAGGACUCCUCUCCUUUGUGAGGAUGUGUGACCUACAUUAAAACAGAAACAACCUGAGCAUCAGUGUAGGUGUGACAACAAAAAUAAAACCAUAGUAUCUGCAACAUUGUUCCAAGGGGUCCAGAGAUUUUGUAGGUGUUGCAUUCAGAGUGAGGCAUCCUUCCUACCCAAACUAUCCCAUAAGAACACCCCAUCUAUCUGUGAGACCUCCAAUGGCUCAGCCACCAUCAUCCAUCUUUAGUCCAUGGAGGUAAGAAGGACAAGAGGGUUUAUUUUAGCUCUAGAGAUAAGAAGAGAGCUGAGUCUUGAGUUGAGGUUGGCUUGGUUACCUGGACAGUGUUGGACACGGGUUGGAUUUAGUUGAAGACGCCACCCAGACUGGUGCCGUCAUUUCUCCACCAGGAUACUGCCCUCCUUGCUUAUACCUACAUGUCAGAGUGAACGUAAGGGGAAAGGGAACCUAGGAUUAAAGGGGGUGCAGUGUUGUGGGUUUGAGGCGAGGUGCAGAGAGAUGUUUGCCAUAAGCUCUCACAAUAUAGAAAUCCCCCGCAAAUAAAGACUGCAUGGACUGGCAGCCAAAUUCAUCUCUGUGAAACACACAGUCACACAAGUGUGGUACACAACACAAUCCCGACGUGGCUUGGAAGGGCUGGUGUGGCGCAUCUGUUCCCCCGGAGGCAGUGCCCCCAGCAUGUAUCGCCCCAGGGAGAGGAUGUUUUGCAUAAUCCUGCAGGAGGCCGAGUGACCCUGCUCCCAUUGAUGCCUGUAGUAUUAAACCACCACAGACUGUUGCAUGUGUGGAGAGUUUGCCAACAAAUAUGUAAAGAUUUUUCCGUAUUAUUAUGAAGAUUAUUACAAGAAGUUCAGUCAUCUUUUGUUGUUUUUAUUUUUAUUCAAUUUUCUUAUAUAUUUCUUUUUGUUAUAUUUUGUUAUAAUUUGUCUCAUGACGUAUUCUAACUUCUUUAGUUGUCCUUGCCCAGUUUCCCACCCCAUCCUAUAUUGUAAUGCCUAACAGAUUCUAAUAUAUAUAUAUAUAAAUAUAUAUAAAUAUAUUUGUAUUUCAUUUGGUAUAGUAUUUUUCUAUGUUUAAGAGUACGUCUGUGUUAGGAAGCAUUUAGACUGGUGGAGAGGCAUUCAGUUGGUUUCCUAGUUGUUUUAUUUGUUGAUCUCACCUUCUUCUCCAGCAAAGUAAUUAUUUGAACGGACAUAAAAGGCAGCAGUUGGUCGGCCUUGUUGCAUAAAAGGCAGUAUUGGUCUCGAAAAAUUGUGAAAUACUGUAUAUGUUGUCUUCCAUGUGAAUAUUACAUCUAAUUCAUGAGAAUCUGUGCUUGUUUUUAUUUAUUUUAAGCAUAAGUGUUGCUGGCAUUCAAAUUUGAAAAUAAAGUCCAAAACAUGCUCAAAAUGCCAGCAGGAAAAAGUACAUGGAGUGUUUGUAACGUCACUCCAUAGUGAGCUAUGACAAAUAUCUGAGCCUGUUUUCUCCCCUGAGGCUCAGAUAUUUCUACUGGUUAGUGUGAGCUUGGAGCUCAGAAUGAAAUAUCCCACUCAAAUUUGUUUUGUAAAUUAAUAACCUGAUCACACAGAAAAUCUUUCAUCUGUUUCACGUUUCUAUGUGAUGGGCAUCAUUUUUACCAUUUUAUUCUGAGAGAUGUUUGCCAUAGAUCAAAGGUGUAUUGUGUUUGUUCUUUAGCUAAGAUGGGCUCAACCGAUCAUAAGCUGCUGUCAAGCCUCAAGAAAACGGGAUGAAGUUGCCUCUGUGGACACUGAUCGCAUUAAGGUGGAUCAUCCUUAUAUUUCUUUUUAGGGGCAACUGUGAGAAGCAUUACAUGCCAACUACUGACAGAUAACAAGAAAAGGCCUGGACAUAUUUAGUGUCUGUCAGUUUCGGACUGGUUAUCCUCACAAAAAAAAGGAAAAACAAAAGAUGCCAAUUUUUGUGAGCAGUCGUCAAACCUGAAUGUAUAAA